AUGUUUGUUGCUAGUGAUCUGUUUAGGUCAAUAUCUGAACUUGCCAUUAUUGCAUUGCACUCCAUAUUCGUGGAAAACUUCGAUUCGCCUGUCCAAGAUCGACCGAGUGUUCGCACUUUGUACUGCCAAAAGAACUACACGCUCUUGAGAGAGUGGAGCAAGGGUGGCAACAACAGCCGGACACAACCAGGCAAGGACGCGGUCAGAGUUGGAUUGGCGACUCUGCAGAAACUGCUCAUUGGGUGA